CUUACCCUCGCAGUCUUCACUAACUCGUCGUCUAAUUUCAUCGGAAUCAACGAAACUCUCGUUCUCUUCUCUUCAUCUUCUCCUCCUUUCUCUCUCUCUCUCUCUCUCUCUCUCCGUCUUCGCUUAUUACGCGUUUAAACCCAACUCAACUGGGCGUUGAAGGAUCUGAUUCUCCCCUCUCUUCAACAAUCUCGGCCGUCCACUGAACCAGUGAGUUUAAUUGGGAGUUGUGUUUGUUGGUAAGAGAUAAAAGAUUGUUUCUAUAAUUGAUUUAUUUUAGAUAUGGGGGACAACAACUCACCACCUGACUCUCCAAAAGAGAACCCGGAUCAAAAUUCGGACUCAAACCCGGUUGCUAAAGAUGAUAGUGCAUUGGAGACCAUAGUUAGGAAGUUUCAGGACUCGAUGUCGAUGAGCAAGAAACACAAAUUUUGGGAGACCCAACCCGUAGGUCAAUUUAAGGAUGUUGGGGAUAGUAGCUUGCCAGAGGGUCCUAUUGAGCCUCCAACCCUGUUGUCCGAGGUUAAACAAGAACCGUAUAAUCUUCCGAGUCAGUAUGAGUGGACGACUUGUGAUAUGGAUUCGGAAGAGACUUGUACUGAGGUUUACAAUCUCUUGAAGAAUAAUUAUGUUGAGGAUGAUGAGAAUAUGUUUAGGUUUAAUUACUCCAAGGAGUUUCUGAGGUGGGCGCUACGCCCACCUGGUUAUUAUACCAGCUGGCACAUUGGUGUUCGUGCUAAAGCUUCCAAGAAGCUUGUUGCUUUCAUUACUGGUGUCCCUGCAAGAAUCAGGGUACGUGAUGAAGUUGUGAAAAUGGCAGAGAUCAAUUUCUUGUGUGUUCAUAAGAAGCUUAGGUCUAAGAGACUGGCUCCUGUAAUGAUUAAGGAGGUUACUAGAAGGGUUCACUUGGAGAAUAUUUGGCAGGCGGCUUAUACUGCUGGAGUGGUUCUUCCAACACCUAUAACAACUUGCCAGUAUUGGCAUAGGUCUUUGAACCCCAAGAAACUUAUUGAUGUUGGUUUUUCGAGGCUUGGGGCGAGGAUGACAAUGAGCCGAACCAUAAAGCUUUACAAGUUACCAGAUUCUCCGGCUACCCCUGGAUUCAGAAAAAUGGAGCUUUGUGAUGUACCUGCUGUUACUCGGUUGCUUAGAAAUUAUUUGAGCCAGUUUGCUGUUGCACCAGAUUUUGAUGAGAAUGAUGUUGAGCACUGGCUUCUUCCCACUGAGGAUGUGGUGGAUAGUUACUUGGUUGAGAGCCCAGAGACUCAUGAGAUAACUGAUUUCUGCAGCUUCUACACUCUUCCUUCCUCUAUACUUGGGAAUCAAACGUAUUCAACUUUGAAAGCUGCUUAUUCAUACUAUAAUGUGUUUACAAAGACUCCAUUGCUUCAGUUGAUGAACGAUGCCCUUAUUGUUGCCAAACAGAAGGAUUUUGAUGUCUUCAAUGCCUUGGAUGUUAUGCAGAAUGAAAAUUUCCUGAAAGAACUGAAAUUUGGGCCAGGUGAUGGGCAACUUCACUAUUAUCUUUAUAAUUAUCGGUUGCGAAAGGCCUUGAAAUCAUCAGAACUUGGGCUCGUACUCUUGUAGUCAGCCAACAUCGAUUCUGUGAUUUUGUUUGCUAAGUAGUGUGGUUUUGCUUUCAAUUUCGUCCUUCCUCUGCAUCAGCAACAAAGUGUCAGAUUUUGCUGCGUAUGUGACAUUAGAUUUUAUGGGGUUUUUGAGCAUAAGCUGGGUAGACAUUAAACAUUACUGUUGACAAUGCGAAUUGUUUAUUUGACUCAAAUAAAUACUGAGAUUUUGUUUCUCUUUUGAUAUCCAGUUCCGUAAUGCUCUGCAAUCUUGUUCAAUUCUUUCUACCCAGCAUAUUUACUUAACUUUGUAGAACACGCGGUUCUCUCUUUACUAAAACCGAUUGUUUGGAGUCUGUUGUAUUA